AGCAGGGGGGCGCGGGGGGGCGUUAGCAGGGAGGGGCGUUCGGGGACGGGGGGAGGGGGCAGCAGGGGGGGGUCGAGUGGGGGCUUCCAUGCACGCAAGCUCUCCACGGACGACAGCUUCCUGGGGCUCUCGUCCCUCAGCCCCUUGGACGCCUCCGCUUGCACCGCCAGGACUCCCCGCCUCUCGCCCUGCCUGCCCGCUGCUGCUGCUGCUCUUGGCGGCAGCAGUAGUGCAGCAGGCGGUGGUGGUGCUGCUGCUCCUGCUGCUGCCCCUUUGGACAGCACGGCCAGUAUCACAGGCCCACUUGCUCCAGCGUCACACCCCCUGCUGCCGCCAGUCACCACACCCACAACCACCCACCUCCCUCCUCCCUACCCCACCACCCCCCUCACUCUCGCGUCCCCAUCAGGCCUCCUCGGCCACUCAGACACUGCCACGUCACCCAGCAUCAUCCACAAGUCACCCUCCACCCCGUCCGUAUCCACAGACGAUGAGCUGGCGCCGCUGCCCGGCCUUGGGAUUGCCGGCGCAGGGCUGCGCAGGAACGAGAGUGUGGGCAGCAGCAGCGGCUCUGUUAUGACGGUGCCGGACGACCUUGCGGGCCUGCAGCGCCCGGGCACUCUCAAGACGUGGAAGUCCGUGCACUCGCACUCGCACCGCUCCAAGCUCGCCAGAGGGCUGCUCUUUGGCGGUGCAGCAGGAGAGGGGUGGGAGGAGGGAGUGCUGAGCCCACGGGGGUCGGCGUUCAUGGCAGCUGCCAGGCGGAGAGGGCUGUGGCGCCGCACCGUCACACCCAAGGAGUCUGUGAAGCGCCUGCUCAUGUGGCCCCAGGCGGGUUCCCAGGUGUCCCGCUGUGCCCCAGGUGAUUCCUCUGCUGAAAACUCCUGGUCACCCGUGGACCCUGCAUCCUUUGACGUGCGCGGAGAAACUUUCUUAUCUGACCGGCGCAAGGUGCCCGCCAGCCCGCCGGCCAUCUACGAGCCAUGGGGCGUGGAUGUGUUUCACACACCGCUCAAGAUCCGCCACGUGGCAGAGCAUGUGGAGCUGCCUGCGAGCCUCUUUGAGGGGGGCGGUGGGGGAGAAAGUGGGGAGGUGCGGGGGGAGGAGAUGGAGGGGGGAGAAGGGGGGCAGGGAGAGGGGGAUGGGUGCAUGGAUGGGGUGUGUGAGGAGGUGUAUGGGGUGGGAGAGGUGGGAGAAGAGGGAGUGCUGCCUGGAGUGCUGGUGGUGAACCUGCAGGUACCGCUCUACACCGUUCUGCCGCUGCUGCAGCAGGAGCAGGACGGGGAGGGCAUCAGCCUGGUGCUCUAUUUCAAGCUCAGUGCGGCCUUUUCUCAGGGCCUUCCUCCCUGCCUCGCUCCCAUGCUGGAGCCUCUGUGCCAGCCACCAGCUGAACCUCUCUCUCCUCUCUCCUACCCUCAAGCCGAGCACAGAGGCACAGGAACCAGUGGGCCGCCGGACACAGACACUGCAAGGGGCAGUGCACGAGAGAGCAGUGCAGCUGUAGCGGCUGUAGCAGGGUCUGGCAUGAGCUACAGUGCCGCAGAUGCAGACCACUCUCGCACUGCCAGCAAGGGGAGUGGCGCGGGUAGUGGCAGCAGCACGGGUGCCGGUGCGAGGGGGAGGGCGGCCGGGGCGAGUGAGUCGGGGCGCAAGGAGUCGCCGAACGCGUUCAAGUGGGAUCGGCCGAAGCUGCUGGCUCGAGUGGUGAACGAGGCGGGCAUGGGGCUGGGGUCCAGCUCCAAGAAGGCGGUGCAGAGCUGGAGCGGGCAACCCAUCCUCACCCGCUCGCACCACUCCCUCAUUCGAGGCGAGAGCAAGCCGUAUGUGGAGAUGGACAUAGACGUGCACCGGUUCCCCAAUCAGGUCAAGAGGGGCCUCCUCCCUCUUCGGCGCCAUCUGUCCUCCUGUGUCUUCGACAUUGCCAUCAUCCUUCAGGGUGUGAGCCCAGAGGAGUUCCCCGAGCCGAUCCUUGCGUGCGUCCGUCUGCAUCGACUUGAUUUGUCCCAGUUUGGAUCAUUAGGGUCAGGGUUGUGAUCUAUGUGAAGUUAUUUUGCACCAGACUGUAGCUAGUGUUUUUUCCUCGUAAAAUAUUUUCCAUGUCCUUGUCAUUUUAAUUCAUCAUUUU